AUGUUAAUAGAAAAAGCUCAUGAUGGCCGAGCGCAAGUACAACUUGUACCAUAUUCCGGCAUGGUUAAUCCUGAGCAUAUGAAUCAAAUGAAUUGUGUACCUAUAGUUGAAGUUACUGAAGACAACGUUGACAAUGAUGAGCAAGCAACGUAUUUGAAGAAAUUAUUUUUGGAAGACUUUCUUCGAAAAUCGCAAGAGUUCCGUCAGACUGAACAAAUCGAUAGUUUACCACUUGAAAUUCGAUUGGGUACUGUUUACACAUAUCAAAAUCGCCGUCAGCAAGUCCAGUAUCCUGACAGCCUGUAUUGUCGAAGCAUCAGCGCCGAUGAUCUUCGAAAUGAAGAACGACGAGCGCGUGAUGAAAAGCAUUUUCUCAUAACCUUCAAUAAAAACAAAGGCAUCAAUGAUAUUCAAACGUUCGAACAUGAAUUAACAUGCACUGGCUUUCGUCAGACAACAUCCCAACAGAUCACCUACAGAUUAUAUUUAUGUUAUCAAAAGAAACGCUUGAUUUUGGAACUGAAACGUUCAAUCGAGGAUCCCAAAUAUUUCUCUGUCAAACGUUUAUUACGGUAUUCAACAAAAUUCACACAUAUCGACGUAGUCAAGUCCAAAUCGAACACAGGUUAUCCUCGAACAUAUGACGAUGUCUUCGAUGUCCGAACGUCGAUUGGAAAAGCAUCGGAUGAAGAAGAACUGCAUAUCAAUGAUGAAUAUUGUGAUUUUCUUCAGAUCAAAGAUUUGGAAAACUGUGUUAUUGAAACAAUAUCAUCCACUGGACAAGUUGUUUACCAAUUCAAUCGAUACUUAUUACCAUACUUCGACUUUUUCCAGAUUAAACAGACUCGUUCGUAUGAUUAUUCAUGCAUGGACAGUCGAUUUUUCAAUGUACGAAUACUAAUUGAACAGCAGACAGGCUAUGAUUUGAAUUCAAGUUCAAAAACAACAACGCCAUGUUUACAAACAAAUAAUGUCAUCAUGGCUAAACUACUUACGAAUGUAUUUACUGAAGAAGAAGCUAAUCGAAUUUGGACAAUUGGUAUUUGGCUAUCGGACUUAGCGACAAAGUGUACAAAUCGAUCUUUACCUCUGAAUAAAAUGUUCUGUCGACGACCUGGACGGCCGACAGCUUACCGACGAAUCAUCAGAUAA